ACACUAAAGAAAUGGCGAGCUAAGGCCAAGCAAUGUAAAGAAAAAACAUACAGAAAUGUUUUGCUGACAGAAUAGUAGAAAUAUAAAUUCUAAGAAGCAUAAAUUCUAAUCUCACAGAAUUCAUCAUAUUUUGCAGAUUCCCUCACUUUAUUCAUUACUUAAGAUCCAUCAUUUAAUCUCUGGACUGAAACAACUUUAUUAUGUUUAUAGCGGCCACAUGUUCCCAACCCACAGGUGCCUCCAGAAGGUUUUUAAAUGCACGGUCAAAAAUGAGCUACUGUCAAUCAAACUUUUGGUUGGCAGCGCCAAACCCAAAAGCUUUAACCGUUUUAUGGCGCAGUCGUGAUUUAAAGAGGGCAGCCUCAGGAGUGAAUAGGUGCGCACCAUUUGUAGCCCAACCAAACACACUCGAUGGACUAGAUGGGCGUGGUUUGCACAUCAUUUCCAACCAGCAUGUAAAGUGGACAAGCUGCAGACCAUGGAGAAGACCUCACUAGGAAACGUGUGACCUCCACUUAAUAACACGUGACCUUCACUUUUUACACGACUAUACAUGGAUUGAAUCUCUGGAAGUUUAUGUUUUUGUGUUGUUUUUUUUUUUUUUUUUUUUUUACUGCAAAGAAUAUUUGACAGUUGUAGAUCACCUGUUUAGUUUAUACAAAUAAAAAUGUAUCUUUAACCGAUUCAUUCUGAUACAAAUAGAUACAAAUAGUUUUAGGUAUAAAUCUGAUUUUGCACCACACCAGUUAAAAUUUGACCAGAAGGAGGCCAACAUUUACAUAUCCUUUUAAAUUAACGAAUCAAAUUGAUGUUUCUGAUCCCAGAGGAAUCCUGAUUAUUCCCUGGUUGCUGUGCAGACCACGCCUAGCCCGCGCAUCGAUUGUCUCGCCGGGUUACAAAUGGUGCGUACCCACUAACUGAAGACGACAUUCAGUAAAGCGAUGGUGGGUCUGGAAGUUUGUGUAGGCUGUAAAAGGAAACUAAGUAACAUUAAACUGGCACAGUCUUAAUGAAGUUUGGUGUCACUCAACACAAGAUCAAAUAACGGAUCGGAGCGAAUUAACAGAUUUUAAAAUCUAGGAUAGAUUUUGAUGGCAAAUUAUUUUGACAUACAUUAAAUUGCGGGCGGGAGGCGGUUAGUAGCCUGUAAAAGAAGACAGUAUUCUUUAGCUCUUGAUUUAAAAAAAAAAAGCAAAGAAUACAAUACAACAGUAUAUCUCCAAACAUGUUAUGACGCUUUCAGGUUUUGAAGGGAAGCUCCACCUUUUCUAGCGGUUCGGUGACCUCAGCAAGGGGCUGGAUUGGAAGGGUGGGAUUUCCAGGCUCUCGCAGAGCUCAGCGUAUUCCUGCCUAUUAACGCCUUGGACCUAUGCGGCUUCAACGACAGCAGAGACGGAUCGCUUGUGCCAUUAACAGCCACAGAAAGGCCCGCAUCUAUACCCACCGCACGCUGGACGUUUCAUUUCUUCAUGCGCCUCCGACCGGAAUAAAUAAUAGAGGAAUGUGGAAAAUACAGAAUGCCCAACAGCGCUGGAAAGAGAUUUAAACUCACCAAAUACAUCCCAGUGUCCACUGCUGCCACGCUCCUGGUGGGAUCGACCACUUUAUUUUUCGUUUUCACGUGUCCCUGGUUGAUGAAGGUAAUCUCUCCAGCUGUGCCUCUCUACAAUGGCCUGGUCUUCCUCUUUGUCUUGGCCAACUUCAGCAUGGCAACCUUCAUGGACCCUGGUGUUUACCCCCGAGCUGACGAGGAUGAGGACAAGGACGACGAUUUCCGAGCGCCGCUUUACAAAAACGUGGACGUCAAAGGCAUUCAGGUCCGGAUGAAGUGGUGUGCCACCUGCCACUUCUACAGGCCGCCUCGCUGCUCGCACUGCAGCGUCUGUGACAACUGUGUGGAGGACUUUGACCAUCACUGUCCCUGGGUGAACAACUGCAUUGGUCGGAGGAACUAUCGUUACUUCUUCCUCUUCUUGCUGUCGUUAAGCGUUCAUAUGGUGGGAGUUUUCUCCUUUGGCCUCAUCUUUGUCCUUCACCACAGAGAAAAGCUGGGAGGACUUCACACCACUGUCACCAUGGUGGUGAUGUGUAUAGCAGGGCUGUUCUUUAUUCCAGUUAUGGGCCUCACAGGUUUCCAUAUGGUGCUUGUAGCUCGGGGUCGAACGACUAAUGAACAGGUGACGGGCAAGUUUCGCGGGGGAGUAAAUCCAUUCACCAAGGGUUGCUGUGGCAACGUGGAGUAUGUCUUAUGCAGUCCCCUGGCACCCAGGUACGUGUUGGACCCCAGGAAGAGGCCCCGCAUUAAAAUCCAGCCCCCGUUCAUUCGACCAGAUCUCUCCGAUCAGCAGAUCACCAUCAAGGUCAGCAACAACGGCAUGCACAGCACCAUAAUCAACUCCAAGUCCAAAAACAGCAUCGACGGGCUGGACAGCAAAGAAACCCAACCGCCGCUGCCCCCCAAAGCUGACAGGUACAACCAGCUGAAAGGCCAGCUGACCUCAAGUGAAGAAAGUUCUGUUUCUGGAAAAACCCACCCUUCCACUCCAGCCAUGUACAGAUUCAGGCCGUCCUUUGGCACCAUGCCGAAAGUACACUACCACACUGCUGGAGAGAAGAUCAUUAUGACAGAUGAUCGAAAGAAUUCAGCAAUCAUGGAAGAAGGUGUACGAGGUCAUGACUACCGAUCUGAGCCAAACCUUGACCUACCUGAGUACGCCAACGCUCCGCUCCACCGAACUUUCCAGUCCUCACCUCACCAGCUAGACUUUGAUCCCGUCAGCAAUCGCGCGCUCAGCCUAAAGCAAGGUCACCGUCGGUUGGAGAAGGGCCAGCUGCAUGCAGUGCCACCCCAGUCAGUCACUUCUACACCAUACAAGGGGGUUUUCUCUCCAAACACUCUCUCCAACCGUAAUGGCAGUCUGUCUUACGACAGCCUGCUUAACCCCAGCAUCUCUCCAGCCAGUGCCAAUGAGUGUAUUGCACACCGUGGUAUGCCAUCCGUGGGAUUCCAUUCACCCUACCUGCCCUCCAAAAUGUGCCACAUCCGGGAAUCGGAGAUCCAUAGACAACAGGUUGCUCAAACGUACAGUCCAGUGAUGCUGCCCAGGGGGAUGGGCAGACAGUCCCCUCAUCUAAGGGACAGAGAGCCAUCUCCGGUGCGCUACGAUAACCUCAGCCAGACCAUCAUGGCUUCCAUCCAGGAGAGAAAGGAGAUGGAGGAGAGGGAGAAGCGGCAGAUGCUCCAUGAACGCUCCCAGACCCAUAUCUAUGCCCAGGACUCUGGCGUGUUCGAUGCAGGUUAUGGCCUACCUGCCAAUGUUGGCUUCUCAGAUGGACCUCGUGGGCCUGGCUCUAGAGGCCCGACACCCCCAGCAUAUGGAGGCUCGAGGGACAAUCUGAUGGGGGUCGGGCUGGUGAACUACGGCCAAAGAACCCCUGUGUUGCGCCACACCGGUUCCACUCUUGGCAGAGCCCCGAGGACUUCAUCCACCUCCUUACACACAGAUCACAGCAGCACCAACAGCAGCCAGGGCAGGGCCCCCAGCCACGAAGGCUCCUAUCGUUCCCCUGUCCACAAGCCCCACUCCCCAGCCAUGCCCCGAUCCCCCUCCUACUCCCACCAAAAACUCUCCUACAUCAGUGCUCACGACAGGACAGACUCCCCUCGGUUAGGGGGCCAGAGAGAGGCCAUGAAAGUUAACGGGCAGAUGGACUGCCACCUGAGCCCCAGUCGCCAUGGCAAAGUUAAAAAGGUGACAGGCGUCGGAGGCACCACGUACGAAAUAUCCGUGUGAGCGAGGAAAGCCCCUCAGCUUUUAACAACAGCAGUGUACUGCAGAGAAAUUCUCUUUUGUCCAAUCAGGAGUUCUGUUUUGAGUUAACUUUCCAAUCAGAGAAUCUGAUCGUGGGGGGCUGUCAAAACAAUAUCCGCAUGAAUCUGUCCUGACAGAGAAGGAUCAUAAGAACGCCACAAGCAGUGCUCUGUGUGUGUGUGUGUGUGUGUGUGGUGGGGGGUGUCGUCAAUACUUCUGACUCAUCAUCUUGGUUGGUACAACAGAAUAUGAAGCUGCUGAAGGUCUUCACCGUGAGCUUCUGCAAGAAGUCUCCUGACCGAGUCCAGAAUUCAUGGUGCUUCACUUUUUUUCCUCCCGUACUGUAACAUCAUCUUCAGGGUGUUGUGAUGAACGUUUUUGUGGCUUUGAGAGGUGAUGAAGUGUAGAAAACAAUACAGGAGUGGGCAGAGAAGGCUAAAGAAUCCUCAUCUAGUCUGAUGGUUGCAUUCCAAAUUUAAUUGCUUUUGAUAAAAAAAACGAGAAACGCUAACUAUGUGUUUGUUGAAAAUAUUUUUCUCAGGAAUUAAUGCAACCAGCAGACAUGCUAGUUGACAGGAAUUCAUGUAUAAUGAAUGUGUUGUUUUUUUUUUUUUUCUUGAUAUUUAGCGCAACAUCUUUUUACCUUUUACAAAACGGCAGCUUGGAACUAUUCGCCCUUGUUUUCAGAGAGUAAGAUGUGGUUUCGAUCUGACCUACAACACAAGAGCCGGUCUGUUAUGUUUGCGUUGUGAAAGACCAGAAUGCCUCAUCACAAGAUUUCUCCCGGUUUUCAGAUGAGUCCAGACUUGCACAGCCCCAGAAAAAAUCUCAUGAUCAAGUUUCAUCAAAUAAAGGAAACAUGUAUGUAA